AUGUUGUCAAAUCCUGUUGUUGUACUCAAACUUAUUUUAAAAGCUUCUGUUGAAGCCUUCACUUUUCAAAGUCUGCCAUCAGGAUUUUUGACCACACUGUUAUUAAUGUUGAGGAGCUCGCGGGGGUGGAACUGGAGGAUCCUCUCCUUGUUAGGAGGAGAACGAGUGUCCGGUCCACCUUCUCCGAUCUCUUCGGCGGACAGUGAGAUCAGGGAGACGGCUGGUGGGGGUUCUCAUCUUCAGAGAAUUUCAUCUCUGAAGGUUUGUAGAAUAAAUCCUAAAUCACCCCCAUCUUCCUGUAUUAGCGGUCAAACUGGUCCUUUUGAGCAGAUUUUACAAAUGUUCUUGUUGAGGAUAGCUUUUCCGGAAGAUGUGUACUCAGUUUUUUGUUAUGUUUAUUCGCCUUCAUGUUUUCGUUUCUUGCCUCGAGCUGGAGAUUCAGCUAUUCAAGAGAAAGAAGAAGGUAUUGAAUACAUUUCAAACUUUUCUGACGCUGGUUUAGAAUGGAAAAUCAUUAUUUUUCAUAUUGCUGAUGACAAGGCUGAUAAAGUUAUUGUAAUCAACAAAUAA